UAUGAGGUUAAUGACCCCUUUGAAAUUUUGUGAGAUGAAUAACCUCUUUAAUAUUUCAAGAUUGAUUUUGAUGAGUUCAUUCGGAAUUUUGUGCCAUUUUGUAUGACUUUAGAAUUUUAUCACUUUUUCUGACUAAUUUUUUGUCUUGAAAUCUUUAUUGUUAUUUAAAAAAAAUAAAAAAAAAUAGGAGAUUAUCUGGCAGAUAUUUCAAUUAUUUAUUCUAAAAUUUGGGGAAUAAUAACUUAUCUUUCAUUAGAUACCAUUUCAAAUUAAAUUGGUCAAUUAAAAUUUAAGAUAGUAUAUAAGAUAUUUAUAAUUCAGACUUAGAUUCCUAUUUGAAUUAUAUGUUUGAAAACCGCCAUUUAACUUUUUACACUGAUGUAGUAUAUAUAUAUUAUGAGUACAUGUUACAUGUACUAUAUAUAUAGGGACCCGAUUUUGUCCCAUUAUUGUACUUUUACGGAUUGUAAUCUGUGAUGUACGGCAACCGUAGGAUAGGGUAGUUAAUUUGAUCUAAGGGUUGGGGUUAAUCUAGGGGUAUUUAGAGUUACAAAAAUGACAACCAGUUAAAUUUUUAAAUUUUAAAUUUAUUAAAUUUGGAAAAGUUAAAACUAAUCAUCCAUCAAUCACAUCAACCGUCGUCCUCCACUCUUCCAUUUCCUUCUUCACUUUCUUUUUGUUUUUCAUUUUUUAUUUUCUCCUUCAAUUUUCCAUUUUCGUCUCUGCUAGGGCAAAACACUCUUCUUCAUUUUCUAUUUUCGUUUUCAUUUUCCAUUUACGUUUCAACUUUAGGUAAAACCCAUAUUAUACAUUUUCUUCACUUUUCAUACUUCGUUCUUCACUGUGAUGUACAUUAUUCGUCUUCUGCUAUUAUUUGGGUUGUUACAGUCGUGGGUGUCGACGCUGGGUUGCAAAAGUGUCGGCGGUGAGGUGUUGAAGGUAGUUUCCAUUUCUGUGUUGAGGUUUUUACAAUGGUGUAUAAACGGAAGAGGGGUACUGCUACAGAAAAAAAAGGAUGCAACUGAGAUAAAAAAGAAGGAUUCGAAGGAAGCUUGGGCGAAAUAUUACCAAGCCAAUUUCAAAGCUUAUGUUGCUACACAUGCAGAUAAAUCAAAAGCAGAUGUGGGUGACUUGGAGUGUGUCAUGGAUCAUUUAUUUUUAAUCUUUUAUUUAGCGUUCUUUACUUAAUAAUUAUUUAUGUUGUUAUUAUUGAAUUCUGAAAUGCAUUUUAUGUCAUUUAUGAUUUUCAUAAUUUUGCAUUUCCGGUGCCCGGCAACAUGGAACUCGGUGUUUGGCUCAGUAAAAUCACAACUUAGUAUGUUAGUAUUGUGGGACGGUUAAUUAGACAUUGGGAAUGUCGAGAGUGGUCGGGAAUUUAGAAUUUCCCAAAAAUACACUUUAGUACCCUUGUAUGUUAUUUUAUCCUUUAGUGGACUUUAUAUGGUGAAAUUAUGUGAUUUACUACGUUAAUUGUUGGCUGAAAUAAAGAGUUAUAUUUUGCCUCUUUUA